AUGGGCGCGGGUGCGACAUGCGAAUGCGGGGGAACUAAAGCUGGAUGGGAUGCGGUGCGAGAUAACGCGCGGGAGGUGCGUCCGAACGUCCAGGCGCGGGCCCUUUCGAUCAAACAAUGCCUUAUAAUUGAUGAAGCUGAUCGGAUACUUGAGAAAAAUUUCGAGGAGGAUAUGAAACAAAUAUUUAAACGCCUCCCUCGGGAUAGACAAACUGUUCUUUUUUCUGCUACACAGACUCAAAAGGUUCAAGAUUUUGCGAAUUUUACAUUUGGGAAAAAUGAAGAAAGACAAUGGAAACUUGUUUAUGUUGGAGUUGAUGAUUCUGAAUUAAAGCCUACAGUUGAGGGCUUGCAGCAGGGCUACUGUGUCGUUCCAAGAGAGAAAAGGUUUCUUGUUUUGUACACUUUCCUAAGAUUGAAAGUUCACAAGGAGCAGAUGGUGAAGGUCCUAAGAGGGGAAGUGGGUGAGGAGCAGAAGGUGAAGAUCAUGGUGUUCUUUUCAUCAUGUAGCUCAGUCAAAUUCCAUGCAGAACUUCUUAAUUUUCUCGGGAUAGAGUGUUACGAGAUCCAUGGGCAACUGAAGCAGCAGAAACGAACUAGUACAUUUUUCCGAUUCCUGAAGGAAGAAAAGGGCAUCUUAUUAUGCACUAACGUGUCAGCACGUGGGCUUGAUAUUCCUGAUGUGGACUAUAUUCUGCAAUAUGAUCCUCCAGAUGACCCAAAGGAUUACAUUCACAGAGUUGGUCGUACUGCCCGAGGUGAUAAAGGCAAAGGAAGUGCAUUACUGUUCUUACUACCGGAAGAAUUAAAGCCGCCCAUUCACCUGCAGGAGAAUAUUGUUACUGGGAAUUACUUUCUAAACAAGUCUGCGAAGGAAGCCUACAGGUCCUACCUUUUGGCAUACAACUCACACUCUAUGAAAGAUAUUUUUUAUAUCCAUCAGCUUGAUCUCAAGAAAGUAGCGGCAUCAUUCUGUUUUAAGGAGCCUCCUAAAGUGAAUCUGAACCUGGAGAGCAGUGCAUCAAAACAUCGAAAGAUGAGGAAAGGGUACAGUGGGCAGAGGCAUGGAAUUGGCCCUUCAAACCCCUAUGGAAGGAUGGGCGGAUAUGAUCGCAGCAAAUUUGCAAGAUUCUAA